AUGGCGUCUUUACCUUGCCCCCACGAUCGUAGCCAGUUCAGAAUCGUUAUUAUCUGUGCUCUGGAACUGGAGGCUCGAGCCGUGAGACCAGCCUUCAAUGAAAUUUACAACGUAAGGGAGCACCCACGUUUGGGGAAGGCGCGUGGUGAUCCAAAUUCUUACACGAUUGGGCGGAUGGGACUGUACUAUGUGGUCCUGGCACACAUGCCCGAAGCUGGGAAGGCAUCUGCAUGCAGUGUGGCCAGCAAUGUCACCCGCAGCUAUUCUAACAUUGAGAUGGGCUUCUUGGUUGGUAUCUGCGGAGCCGUUCCAUUCAGGACAGACUCUAAUGCGAAUUGCCAAAAUGAGAGGAUAUCGUUGGGUGACGUGAUUAUCGCAAACGGGGUCAUUCAGUAUGAUCUGGGGAGAGAAACAGACACAGGCUUUUUCCGAAAGGACACUUACCACGAUACUCUGGGAAGACCCACUACGGAGAUCAGGACAUUCCUAUCCAAGGUCCGUGCGAACCUUGAAUACUUGGUGGAUCCCUUACAUGCUCACUUUCGUACCAUUUACCAAUUCGUCAUGACCGCAAAUUCGGGACAACAGCAGAGCAUGACGAACUACAGUGGACACUCUGGACAGGUACCUUGCGAUGUAGUUAUGGGUAACUCUCCUGAAGAUCCCGAGCAACGUCCGCCAUAUGUGCAUUUUGGUCUGAUGGUAUCAGCCGACAGGGUCCUGAAAUCUGCGAGGGUUCGCGACAAACUAGCAAAAGACGAAGAUGUCAUCGGGUUCGAAAUGGAGGCAGCGGGAGUAUGGGCAAAUAUCCCUGUAAUAGUCGUGAAGGGUGUAUCCGAUUAUGCCGAUGCCAAUAAGGAUGAUAGGAUGCAACGCGUCGCAGCCGUAGCAUCCGCAGCUUGCAUGAGAGCACUUGUUGAUGAAUGCCCGAUAUCCACCUUGUCUGCGUCGUCACGAAAUGCUGAAGUAUCCGCUCUAGACAUAAAUCGACAAGUUAUUGAUUGUCUGGAUUUCGACCGGGCCACGUAUCGUCGGGAGGACAUACACACAGCGGUUGAAAAGACUUGUGAAUGGAUAUUUCAAAAGGAAGUUUAUCAAUCCUGGAUGGACGAUACGCAAUUAGAUCGACACGAAGGCUUUCUGUGGAUCAAGGGUGGCCCUGGUACUGGGAAGUCCACUUUGAUGAAGUUCAUAUUGACCGAGGCAGAAAGGUCCAGAAGAUACACUAUCACCCUGUCUUUCUUCUUCCACGCCUCUGGAAUGACUCUACAAAAGUCGCAGGCUGGGAUGUAUCGUUCGCUGUUGUACCAGUUUCUCAAGGCCGAUGGGACCCCAGACCGAUGUAAAGAAGAGUUUCUGCGUGCUGUUGGAAAAAUGAGUAGAAGUGAUCCUACAGCUAACCGCUGGGAUACCGAAGACCUGAAACAUCUACUUUUGCGCAUGAUGGACGUCCUAAGCAAUGGCCUUGUCAAUCACCUUGUACUUUUCCUGAUCGACGCUAUUGAUGAAUGUGAGAUCAACAAGGAAGACACCCUGAAGAUGAUUGGCUUUCUUCGGCAGAUAAAAGGUAAUGUCAGCGGAAAGCAACUCAGUUUGAGAUUCUGCUUAUCGAGACGGUAUUAUAAGUACGUGGAUCCCAGACCAGGGAAACUCUUGGAGCUGGACCGCUUGAAAGAACACCAGCUUGACAUUGAGAGAUAUGUGGGACAGACACUCAGAUUUACGAAUUCAAGAAUCAGAAAGCAAAUCUGUGCGAAGUCAGCUGGUGUGUUCCUAUGGGUCAAGCUUGUGGUUGACAGUUUAAAUGACGAUUUCGACAAGGGCAACGUGCACGAUGUGCAAACAAGACUGGAAAAGAUCCCGCAGGGAUUAGACAACCUUUAUACUGAGCUACUUGGACGAGACAAUCGACCAAGCGAAGAGCUUAUCCUCUUCUUCCAGCUCAUUUUGUUCUCCUCGCGACCUUUGACGCAAGAGGAACUGUACUUUGCACUAUUCUUCAGAAAGAUUGCCCUAGUCAAGAGGGAUACUUCACAUACGGAUGGGAUCUUCAAAAUGUACAUCCUCGAUGUCUCGAAGGGACUUGCUGAAGUGACUGCUAGUAGCCCAACCAAAAGCACAGUUCAGUUUAUUCACGAGUCAGUUCGAGAAUUCAUGCUUGGUUGGUUUAAGUUGGAACCUAGCCUUGGAAAAAACGUCAUAGGAUUCUCUCAUCAACACCUAGGAGUCCUGUGCUUCGACUACGUCCGUUACUUCAGGCUAGGGAACCGAGAUUUUAAACAUUUUAUGCAUCUCAUGCGGCAAAAAACAUACUCCGUGUCUGUUAAUAACGUGAUAAAGAAUAACAUUCCUUUCUUUGGUUACGCAGUGCUCAAUCUUUUCUAUCACAGCAAUGAAGCCCAACGCCACGAUGUUAAACAAAGCGAAUUUCUCAGGGGAUUCUCCGCUGUGUUUGACGGAGGCUUUUCCAACUUCCUAUUCUACUAUAAUUCAGCCUUGGCUAACACAAAAGACUGGUACAACGACGACGCAACGUUUUUGCACUUCCUCUGUGAUAAGUGUUUGAGGCAUCUUGUCCGUCAAGAGGUCCUGAAUGGAUCGCAUGCCUGGCAAGAGUCUGGCAAGCGUGGCUGUCCGAUGAGUACUGCAGUAUACAAUAGUGACCUGUAUACCAUACGAACUUUGCUGGGAUGCACACCGGAUUAUUCUGGCUCUGGCAGCUAUUGCAAUGUUCUGGAAGACACCAUAGUGGUUCAAAGUAUGAAACGAUUCUUGGAAGCAAUACCCCAGGGCUAUAAAGUACUGAAGAGCAAUAAAUUACCUCAGGGCAUUGACAUACCGACGUUGUUGCUCAAAUACGCUGUGGACGGUGCGAAUGUCGCUGUUUUAACCUUGCUGUGGUGCACAGGACUGUUUGACUUCAACCAAGAAUCAGUUUAUGGAGAGACCCCGUUGAAUUGGGCACUCGAAAAGCGCCCAGCCUUUCUGGUCUACCAUCUGUUGAAUUACGAAAAAGACGGCAUCAAGGUUGAUAUCAAUAAACCGACGCAUGGCAAUCCGCCACUGAAAUUAGCCAUUCAGAGCAAGCACGAAAGAGAAGAAAAAAUAAACAUGCUACUUCGCCACGGCAGUUUGGAUCGUUCGUGUCUGGAUGCGAGACAGUGUAAUGCUUGCCAUUGGGCAGUACAUAUGAAUGAUGAAGGGCUACUGAGACGCUUGAUCGACUUAGGAUUUCAGAUGAACCAUCGGGGUGUCAAAGGACGCAGCCCUCUUUCGCAUGCAGCGGAGUUUUGUAAGGUCAGAAUGAUGGACAUUCUACUCGCGUCAGAUCCAACUCAGGGGGACGAGAAGGAUGCGGACGGAAGAAGCCCUCUAUCAUGGGUAGCAGCCUGUUGUUUCCCCGAAGAAAAGGAGGCCGUCAGUGACCCAGAAGCAAAACACCUCCUUCAAAGACGAUCUUUAGAGACGCUGCUGAGAUUCAAAGUCGAUGUGAAUUCCGAGGACAGGAAUCAGAGAACGCCGCUAAUGUGGGCAGUCGCAGCAGGUAAUCGAACAGCUGUCCAGUUACUCUCAUCCCAUAAGGACACCGAUAUCAACUGCUGUAGCAGAUUUGAAGAAACACCACUCGUCAUUGCCAUCAUGAAAGGGGAUCCAGAGAUCGUUAAAAUUUUACUACAAACUAGCAGGGCCGAUGUCAAUUUAGGAGAUAUCAACGGUCGAACACCUCUAUCAUGGGCCUUUGGCCCAUGGCACCCUUUGAGAAAGGACAAAGCACAAAUCAGCCAUUGCCGCAACCCUAGCAUUGCCAGGUUACUUUUCGAAUCAGGGGCGGACCUGAACAUUACAGACACUUUUAAGCAUACACCACUGUGGUGGGCUCAGUCGUACGAUGUUCUACUGGCAAGGGGCAAUCCAGAAAUUCAAAACUAUCAUGACUCCCCUCUCACCGUUUUGUCAGACUACCUUUCAUCAUUAGAGAUAAUGAGGGCGCUUCAAAUGCCCACUCACGACGAAGCCAAAUUCAAGUGUGAGAUCCGGCUCAUGUGGCUGGUUUGCGAAAAAUUCGGAUUGCAGGCCAAGUACCCCUGGACGUCUGAAAUUGGGAUAGCUAUCCUAGAUUGA